AUGCACGGCAGUUCUUCGGCAGGUGAAUAUCGGCAGCUGCUGGCAGCCUUUGCUGAAUUCAAUGAAGAAAUGAAUAUACGGCAAGAAUCUGUCCAAGAAGAUAUGAAAGCCAGUCAAGUAGAGAUGAGAGCGCGAAAAGAAGUGAUGGAAGCUGGCCAAGAGAUGAUUGAAGCUGCCAGCACUGGACUAUCGAUUUUCUACGGGAUAGGAGAUACACCAACCUUCGCAGGAAUAAGUGGCAACAGCUGGAUUGACCUCACACUUAUCAUAAGUAGAGACAGAAUCCGAAUUGAUAAUCGGAAGGUAACGGACGAAGCAAACAAUAGUGAUCAUAAUAAUAUCUAUUUUGACGUCUCCAGCAUUCAUUACUCAACAUGGAGAAGAUCGAAAAUCAAUGUACGACAUACCGACUGGCUAAGUUUCAAAAGGGGUGUCUCAAAAUCUCUAGCAGACCCUAGAAAUCUGAAAACUAUCGAAGAAAUUGAUAAAUAUAUAAGAGAAGUCACCACUAGUCUCCACGAAAUCUAUCAAAUAAGAGUUCUCUCACAUAACUCGAAACCAAGACCGCGCACCUGUCCAUGGUGGACGAAGGAUCUCACUAUUCUCAGGAAAAAGGUUAGAGCAACAAGGAAGAAAUUCCAAAAAACAACUGGACAGGAAAGGGCCCAUAACAGGCUGCUUUACCAAAGAGUACGUGCACAGUACCGGCAAAAGAUGUAUAAAGAAAAGAAAAAAGCAUGGGACAUGACAUGGAAUAAAAUUACUGUCAGCUUUCCGUUCGGAACAUACUUCGAUCUAGUUAAAGGGAAGAGCAUGGAUCAAUUACGGAUAGGAUCAGUUCAAAAAGACGAUUGCACAAUGACGAGCACAACUGAGAAUACAAUUAGGGAAAUAAUGAGAUUGCAUUUUCCAGAAGACGACCCCAACCAGGACUCUACAUAUCACGCAGAUAUCCAUGCCCAAUCAACCGAGAUUCCAAACUCUGAAGACGAUCAGCCGUUUACACUCGAAGAAAUGCAACGUACGAUAAACUCAACAUGCACAGGUAAAGCUCCUGGUCUGGAUGGCCUCACGAUUGAAACCAUAAGAAGAGCUUAG